UUUCCAACCCAUCUCUUGCUCAAUGCUUCUGACUGUUGUUCCUUAUGGAUCAGCUAUUGAUUGGCAGCUAUUGAUUGGCUAAUUGAUUACCCAGCAUCUCUUUCUUCACCAGGGAGCAGGCCACGUGCUCCGGUAUUAGCUGGAGAGGUCUCAGAACCGCUGCGGCUGCCAUGCGGAAGAUGCUGCCCAGACAAGUUUAUUGUCCUGUUGACGAUUUCCACAAAUCCAUCAGUGGUAUCUGUCGAGCUCUUACUGUGUGUAGAGCACUGUACUAAAUGCUUGGGAGAAUACAAUAUGGUAAGUAGACACUAUCUCCACUCUCAAGGAGCUUGUUUUUCUCCCCCAAACCUUUCAACCCAACUGUUUCCUUGUGCCAUCCCUGAAGGUGAGAAAGGAUUGGGAGCUGUAAUCUCUUGAAGCCCAGAGAGGUUGAGUGACUUCUAAGAUUAUACAGCACUUUAAGACUGAGGAAUAUGAGAAUUUAGCAGCCCCCUUCCAUGGCUUCGUCAUCUGCCUUCUGCCCCUGAUGCAGGAGAACCCAGGUGGGAUGGGACUCUUCUGGGGCUCCUGCCAACAUGGCAUCAAUGAGCUGGCUGCAGUCAUGGGACCCAGCACAGCCAGCGCAAGGACAGGAGGAGAAAUUGACAUCAACGAUGAGAGGGUAAAGGGCCACGGUCAUUUCUCCAUCUGAGAAAAGGAGAAGAUGGUCCCAAGGGUCCUCCGCCCACGAUGUCUCUCUCCAACCACACUCACGUCAACCCCACCUCCUUCUUCCUGAUGGGCAUCCCUGGGCUGGAGUCAGCCCACUUCUGGCUGGCCUUCCCUUUCUGCUCCAUGUACCUCCUGGCUGUGCUGGGCAAUGUCACCGUCCUCCUGGUGGUGGCCACAGAGGCCAGCCUGCAGCAGCCCAUGUUCCUCUUCCUGAGCAUGCUGGCCACCCUGGACUUGCUGCUCUGCUCUGCUACCGUGCCCAAGAUCCUCGCCAUCUUCUGGUUUGACGCCAGCUGGAUCUCCCUGGGGGCCUGCGCAGCCCAGAUGUUCUUCAUCCACGGCUUCUCGGCCGUGGAGUCGGGCGUGCUGCUGGCCAUGGCCUUGGACCGUCACGGGGCCAUCUGCCAGCCCCUGCACUACGCCACCAUCCUGACCCGCGCCAAUGUGGCCAAGAUGGGGGCCGCAGCCUUCCUCCGGGGCCUGGGCCUCAUGACCCCGCUGACCUGCUUGGUGCAGAGCCUGCCCUAUUGCUCCCAGGUCAUUCGGCACUCGUAUUGUGAGCACAUGGCAGUGGUCAAGCUGGCCUGUGGGGACACCACGCCCAACAACAUCUACGGCCUCACGGCUGCCACCUUGGUGGUGGGCAUGGACGCGCUGGGCAUCGCCGUCUCCUACGUGCUGAUCCUGCGCGUGGUCCUGGGCCUGCCAUCCCGGGAAGCCCGGACCAAGGCCUUCAGCACUUGUGGCUCGCACCUAUGCGUCAUCCUCAUAUUCUACAUGCCGGCCCUGUUCUCCUUCUACACCCAACGUUUCGGCCGCCGCGUCCCAUCCCAUGUCCACAUCCUCCUGGCCGACCUCUACCUGCUGGUGCCACCCAUGCUCAACCCCAUCAUCUAUGGCAUGAAGACCAAGCAGCUUCGGGACCGGGUGGCCUGGAGCAUCCACAGAAGCCUGGUUCUGGCUCCUUGGGGUCUUCCCCAACAUCCCCCACCCCCUGCCAUACAUGGUCCUUUUCCUUCAUGACCACGCUCAAAUAAACACGCUUGCACGGGCAUCUGCGUUCGCCCAGACGCCCAAUCCCACUCACCGCAACAACCCAUAAGACUGCUCGGCCCCA